AUGGAGCACCGCUUUAAACGGCGCUCGGGCACCGCCCGCGGGUUAACGUUAGCAGAAAGCUUUGGACACAGACCGGCUGGCUCAGUGGCCUUCAUCCGCAGGGGCCCUCCUCUGGCGAGUGGACCUGAUCCUGUGCGGAGACGGGUGGCGAUCGAGGCGCUGCGGCGGCCAGGCUUAAUCCCGGGUCCACACGCCCAGCGCUGGACCCGGCUCCCUCCUCUGCGGGACGCCAGCGGGGCCCGCGGUGGGCAGGGAGACAGAACCAGCCAGUCGGCAGGACAAGCCGAGCCGGCGGGUGUGAACUACCCACUCACCGCACACCAUCAGCAGCAGCACGAUCAGCAGCGUGGCCACGAACACCAGCAGGGUCAGCCCCACGUUGUGCCACAUCUUGGGGGCGGCGGGGCGGCGGCGGGCGCGGGCGGGCAGGCGGGCGGGCGGCGCGGCCGGGGCUUCUGCGGCCGGGGCGGCAUGAGCGGCGGACGCCCCCCGCCCCCACCCGCCGGCAGCGCCCCCGGGAGGCGGGACGGGGCGGGGCGGCGCGGGGGCGGCCCCGCGGACGGCAGCCGGUCCGCGCGGUCCCUCUCAGGGCGACCGACCGAUGGCGGGCGGGAGGCGGAGCGUGGGGGCGCCCCUACUCGUUCAUCGCUCCGGGGACCCGGGGACGCGGCUCCGGGAGACCCCGGAGGCGGCCGGAUGUGCUUCCAUGACGGACGCCGCGAGCCCUUGAGGCGGACCGAGGGCGAGCACCGGAGCGUGCGGCGGCCGCCUGACCCUCGCGGUCGCCCGCCCGAGGGUCCCUCGGCCCCCCUCGCGCACGGCAGUUUUUUUCCCCUCAUGCCCAACCUCUGCCUACUGACUGCGGUUCUCGGAAUCCGUGCAGUGGUCUACCCCUCCCGCGGUGUGCCAAAGCGCCGGGUUGAUUUCAGACACACUGAGUCGUUCUGCUUGAAGCCACCGUGACCGACGAACCACGAAGAAGGAAGAAAGGGGACGCAGCUGCCUGAAAAGCUGGUUGCUUGUGAACCUAGCCCUGUUGCUGGCGGCGAGAGUUGGAUACUUGGGACUUUUGAGGAGAGACCUGCGUCCCUGCCAAAGAGAGGGGCCAGAGGCAUGCAAUCUCCCUCCCCCCUCCCCCCACCCCGUAAUAG